AUGUCGCGCGGCCAAGCAGCAGAUUACUACAAUGGCGGCGACGAGACGAACGGGCAGAAAAGCUAUCCCAUGCAACAGCCGUACAAUGCGCCGCAGCAGGGUUACGGAGGACCACCACCACAACAAUGGAAUGGACCGCAGUAUAUGCCUCCACCGCCCACAUAUCAGCAAAACUACGGCCAAUGGAACCAAGAUCAGAAGCCGACGUUCGACCAGGCCUUCAAGGUCGAGAAACCAAAGUGGAACGAUCUAUGGGCUGGUAUCCUCUUCCUCCUCGUUUGCGCUGGUUUCGUGGCCGUCUCGGCGAUCAGUCUGCAAGGCUAUGCGGCCAACAAGGGCUUCAAUGGCGGUGGGAUCUAUGGCUCACAAAAUGACUUCGGUCUGAAUACCAACACGAUCGUCCUCUUCGCCUUCUGUCUGGGUAUGGCCUUCGUGCUGGGCUAUGGCUACAUUGCACUUGCCCGCGUCUUCACAAAGCAAUUCAUCUGGAUAACUGGUAUCUUGAACAUCGUAUGGUGCCUGGCGACCGCCAUAUACAUGCUUUACCGAAAGUACUGGUCCGGCGGCAUCGUUUUCCUCCUCUUCGGAGUCUUCGCCAUCUUUUGCUUCAUCAGCUGGAUCCCACGCAUACCCUUCAGUGUCCUCAUGUUGCAGACAGCCAUUGACGUCUCAAAGAAAUUCGGCCACGUCUAUCUGGUCUCCUUCCUUGGUGGCCUCAUUGCUGCCGCCUUCGGUGCUUGGUUCAGUGUCACCCUGGUGGCGGUUUAUGCAAAGUAUGAGCCUGGAGCAAAUCCUGCUUGUAAUGCUAGUGCUGGCGGGAGUGGUGGCUGCAGCUCCGCCACCGUUAUUGGGCUACUAGUGUUCAUCACCUUCGCCGCAUACUGGAUCACCGAGUGGCUCAAGAAUACCAUCCACACUACGAUCUCGGGUGUGUAUGGAGCGUGGUACUUCUCACCCAAAAACCCACCAAAAGGCGCUACACGAGGCGCAGCACGACGGGCCUUGACCUACUCUUUCGGCUCGAUUAGCUUGGGAAGUCUCUUAGUGGCCAUCAUCAAUAUGCUCCGCCAGGCGUGCUCAAUUGCUCAGCAAUCUCAAGCGGGUAGUGGCAAUGGUGCUGCAGCUUGCGCGUUUUGUCUCUUGCAAUGCGUUCUUGGUCUGGUGGACUGGGCCGUGCAGUUCAUCAACCGCUAUGCCUUCUCGUAUAUUGCUCUCUACGGCAAGAACUAUAUCCAGUCUGCCAAGGACACCUGGAAGCUGAUCAAAGAUCGUGGCAUUGACGCACUCGUCAACGAAUGUCUCAUCGGCCCAGUCCUGACGAUGGGUGCCACAUUCGUCGCGUACGCAUGCGCACUCCUCGCAUAUCUCUAUCUCGUGUUCACAGAUCCGGCGUACAACCAGAAUGGCCAAUUCACACCAGUCGUCAUCGCCUACGCCUUCCUCAUCGGCCUCCAAAUCGCCAAUUGCUUCACCGUACCACUAUCGAGCGGCAUCGACACCAUCUUCGUUGCGAUGGCAUGGGACCCCGAUGUCCUGAUCAAAGAGCAUGGUGAUCUGUACCAGAGGAUGAUCCAGGUUUAUCCGCAUGUUCAGCAGGCUAUACAUGCUUGA